AUGUCAACAAGGGAAUUAAUUGAGGAAGCGAACCCCCAUUUAAGACAAUACCUAGUUUCUCUUGAUGACUUCACAAUCGGUCGUAGUAUCGGUGAAGGUGCUUUUGGAAAAGUUUAUCUUGGCACACACAAAGCUACAGGAUUAGAAUGCGCAAUCAAGGAAUUGAUAGCAGAAACUCUUGAAGAUCGCGAUAAGGUUGAAUUUAUUCGUGAAACAUCUGUAUUAGCUGAAUGUAAUGACAUGUUUUUGUUACCAUUUCUUGGUUGGACAGCAGAAAAGCCAUAUUCAAUCAUUACACAGUUUGCACCAAACAGCUCUCUUUUUGAUGCAUUAAGAAAGAAAGGCAAAGCGCCUGAACUCACAGGAACAAUGCGAACUAUCAUCAUGAUUGGUGUUGCAAGAGCAAUGAACGCAUUACACCAGAAGAAAGUAAUCCACAGAGAUCUCAAAUCGCUUAACGUAUUGCUAGAUAGUCGUUGCUAUCCAUGGGUUUGCGAUUUUGGUUUAUCUUUAUUCGAAAAUGAAAACGCUAUCAAGACAAAAGAUAUCGGUACACCACACUGGAUGGCUCCUGAACUCUUUGAUUCGGACAAUUAUACAAACAAAGUCGACGUUUACGCUUACGGAAUUUUACUUUGGGAAUUACUUACGGGAUCAACACCAUACAAAGGCAAAUCCUCCAUACAAAUCGCUAUUGCUGUUUGCCAGCAUGGAGAGAGGCCGCCAAUCCCAAUAGGAACUCCAAAACCAUUAAUUUCUUUAAUUAAAUCUUGCUGGCACCAGGACCCGAACAAAAGACCAUCCUUCUCAAAAAUCGUUUCCGUGCUCAUGAAGAAGCAAGUUAUGUUCAGAGGAACAGAAGAAGCAGAACUUGACGAAUUUUUCAACAACAUGAAGGAAUACGAUGCUCUUAAGGCUUCCGGACAAGCUGUUGGAUCAUAUCCAUUAGGAAAUCCACUCUACAUCGCGUCAAUGUGUCAAGGAAUUUCCGAAAAUUCGACAGAAUCCCAGAAAGUUGCAAAUCCAUCAGAACUUGGCAAUCCUAAUUACAAAUACUAUAUCGAAAACAUCAAAUUAUGCGUUAAACUCUACACAGGACCUGAAAAUAUCAGAAGAUUUUACGAUAUGCUCAUUCCUGCACUUGUUGGAGAUAAAAGUGAAGAUUGCAGAGUAUCUAACGCUAUUCUGAACACUUGUUAUCGAUUAAUGCUCAAACAAGACUAUUGUUUCAACGCAUUCUUCCAAUCCAAGCUUUUUGGAACAUUACCGACUAACAAACAGAAUUGUACGAAUAACAUUUACGAUAUUUUACAUCUCUACUUCGAAAGAAGACCAGAUUUAAUAGAAACUGAUUUAUUAUACUUUAUUUCACCAUUAACUCAGUUUGCACCUCACAAGAUGCUUAAACUGAUAUCGUUUAACCUUAAUAACUUCGGCCAAUACAUGAAUGGAUGGCAAGUUGCAAAUUAUUACCUAAUGAUUGCUCCAACGAUGAUCAGGAGUACAUCAGGAGAUAAAUACAUUAAGUAUCUGAUCUAUUUGAUGACGAAAUACCCUAAUUUCAACGCUCAAUACAAGAUGAUGGUUGUUCAGAUCCUUAUUGCAGCAAUUCAGCAGUUUAGACCUGAUAUUUCCAAUCUAGCCUAUUCAUAUUUGAUCAAGCUUCAAAUACCAAAGGUUUCCAUUGCUCCUGAAGUAAUAUUAAAAUCAUUAUCUACACAAGGAUGCGAAUCUGGAGCCAUUUCCUAUCUCCUCUUGACAGAUCCAUCAUCAUUCGCCUUCACACCACAGAUAAUUGACCAAUUAAUCACUCUUUGUUCGACAAAUAAAUCAACUUACGCUUUACUUUACAUAAUUGGUCAGAGGAACGAUUGUUUCACUUUCUUCUUCCCAGAUUACGUAGCGACUUGGCUUAUCGAUGGUCGUCUUCCUCUAGAUAAAGCGAUGAUUUUAAUGGCGAUCAUUAUGUGCCAUACAGAAUACCGGCCUUACAUCGCUCAUGUCCGCCAACUUCCUGAUUGGCUGGCUCUUCUUGCUCAGACCCUUAAUAUGACAACCAUCUCAUUUACAUCUAUGAUGAUUGACAAGCUUUCUAUACCAAAGAACCUCAUACCAAAGCUAAAUGCGGCUGGCUACUUCAAAGCUUAUAUUGACAACACAAUUAAAUUAUCAGAUCCGAAACUUCUUCAAUCUACAAUUUACAUGAUAGAUGCUGCAAGCAGAAUCAUGUAUAUACCUGAUUUCAAGAAGUUCGACACCAAAUUAGUUGAAGUUGCCCUUUCUGACGACUCGAAACUUUCAAUCGGAGCUUUGUCCGCUCUUACAAUGAGAAGUUUGAGACCAGAAGGAGCUGCUGAAGUCAAAAGCCUUGAAAGACUUAGCGAUGUAAUGAAGAAAUUCGAAACUGUUGAAAAUGCAAGACCAUUUUUGGAUCUUCUUCAGAAGAAUUUCGCUUCUGCUUAG